UUCUCUGUCCCUACCCCCCCCCUUUUCCAGUUUCUCACCCCGAAUCAACCCUGGUCCUGGCUGGGGGGAGAUGUGACUGGGGGGGGGUGGACACUCCAGAGAGAGGAGAGGGAAGACCAGGGGGCAGAUCCCUGGGGGGUCCAGAGCAGAGGCCAAUGGGGAGGGGGCAGCGUUUCCAGGCAGGGAGCCAGCCCCAGUUGCAAGGUGCCCCAGGGCCCAGGUCUUAUAGGGGCGCCCGAGACAUUUACCCUGCUGCUGGGGGGGGGGGGAGCAGCCCCCAUGUGGAGCCAGCAUCCCCCCCCACAGAAAAGGGCAAGGCCUAUCCCACUAAGGUGGGGACUUGGGUCCCCGCAUCUGGGCCCUGCUGCCAUAGAGGGAGACACCACGGCGACCCCUAGCGACGCCAGGCAGGCCCUUGGCAAUGUCAUGGUAGCCCCGAGCGACACCGCGGCGACCCCUGGCGACGCCAGCAAGGCCCUUGGCAAUGUCAUGGUAGCCCCGAGCGACACUGCGGCGACCCCUGGUGACGCCAGCAAGGCCCUUGGCAAUGUCACGGUAGCCCCGAGCGACACCGCGGCGACCCCUGGCGACGCCAGCAAGGUCCUUGGCAAUGUCACGGUAGCCCCGAGCGACACCGCGGCGACCCCUGGCGACGCCAGCAAGGCCCUUGGCAAUGCCACAGCGACCCCUAGCGACCCCGGUGCAGCCCUUGGCAAUGUCACAAUAGCCUCUAGCGGCCCCAUGGUGACCCCUAGGUGAGGGAGGUGGGAGAUGGUGGAAGCUGGGUGCCCCUGACCCCGGUACCGGUACCGCCCUGACAGCCCCCACCCCGGUGACAGGCGGGCGGGGGGGACCCGAUGCAGGAGCCAGGCGCAUCGGCCUCCUGGCUGGGGCUGGUCCGUGGCGCGGCUCCAUCUUCCCUAACUGCUAACACAUGUUCCCCGCGCCGCCCGGCUCCACAUCAGCGCCCGGCCCCCCCGCCAGCCGCCCCGCGCUGCAGCCCAGCUCUGUUGGGCCCCGGGCAGCGCCAGCCCCACAAGGUUGGACCAUGUCGGAGAUCUACAGUGAAGUGGCCGGGGACGAACCCCCCAGCGACAGCUUCUGGAUGCCAAACCGGUACCAGCGCACGGUGCGGCGGCUGGAGGAGGGGUCCCAGGUCUGCGACCAGCUGGUCGGCUGCUUCCGGGACCGGGCGCGAAUCGAAGGCAGCUACGCCCGGCACAUGGGGGCCUGGGUGCAGAAGUGGCGCCCCCUGGUGGAUGCGAGCCCCCUGUACGGCUCAGUGCGCCGGGCCUGGCAGGCCUUCCUGGACACCACGGAGCGGCUGGGCCGGCUGCACCAGGACACGCAGCGGGCGCUGGUGGUGGAGGAGCUCGCCCGCCUGCGGGGCUGGCAGCGGGACAACUACCACCGUAAGCUGCUGGGCGGCUUCCGCGAGGCCCGCGAGCUGGAGAGCGGCUUCCGGCGCGCCCAGAAACCCUGGGCCCGCCGCCUGGGCAAGGUGGAGAAGGCCAAAGCCUCGUACCACCGGGCUUGCCGUAAGGAGCACGCGGCCGCGGGGCGGGAGCAGCUGGCCCCGGGGGCCCCCCCCCUGGCCCCCGACCGCCAGCGCGCCCUCCGGGAGGAGCGCCAGCGCCACACCCUGGAGACGCACAAGGAGCGGCAGCACUACGAGCAGGCGCUGGCGGAGCUGACCCGGGCCAGCCCGCGCUAUGUGGAGGAGAUGGAGUCGGUCUUCGAGCAGGGCCAAGAGUUCGAGCAGAGACGCAUCGACUUCCUCAAGGAGGCCUUGACAGCUCUGCAGCGCCGGCUGGAUCCCACCGCCCACCCCGGGUAAGAGAGACCCCUCCCCCCA